AUGAAUCAAGAAGACUUAAGUUUACUGCUCAGAAACUCAUUAAAUAAUCCAGCCACAGAAAGCCAAAUCACCCAUAUCGCUGAAAUUGUUUCCAAUUCCACUAAAUCUGCUUGUCGAAGCUUUGUCAGACGUCUUAAAAGGAUCCUCAAGUCCCCAAAUUACAAACCAUCUUUUAAGCUUCAUACUUUAAAAAUCAUCCAAGCCUGCGCAAAUACUGAAAACAUUUCAUUUAUUGUGUAUUUAUAUAAAAAACUCCUCAGCAAGCUAAUAUACCUUGCUGAGUUUAAAAAAGAAUCAUCAGAAGUCUAUCGAGGACAGCUUCUUUUUGGGGCGACAUCCCAAGAGCAAAGAGUUGCUUCAGCUGAAUUUUUGAUUUUAUUCUUGCAAUGCAUAGAAAACUGAGCUGAGAGAUAUGGCAAAGAUGUUGAUGGAAAUCCUACUGGGUUUGAAGAAAUGUAUUUAUCAUUAAAGGAGAAAGGAGUUGUAUUUCCUCCGGCAAAUUAUAUUAUUGAGAUGCCAAAAGAAAUAAAAAAAGAAAUCCAUAAGUGUAAAAGAGUGAUUAGAACAGUGUUAAGCAUGGAGGAGAAUAAUGUGGACAGUCAAGCUAUAAAAAAUGAUAUUUUGGAGCUCAAGAAGUUUAAAAUAUAUUUUGUAAAUGAAGCAGCUGGGUUUGUUGAAAAAGGAAUGGAAAGGCAUGUCCAAGAUUUAUAUGCUUUAGUUAAUAGGAUUUUAUUUAGACUAUAUAUAAAUUGAUAAAGCUGAUCCCUUCUGAAAACUCACAUUUAUUAUUAAAUAACUUAGAGCUUAUUCUAAUAUGGCACAUGAAAUUAUUGAUAAAAUUAGUAUAGUGAUUAAUGACUUUAAAGAAAGGAAAAACUGCAGAAAAGUUGUCCAUAAAGAAGUAAAUAUCAAUAAAGAUCUUAUCCCAAUGAACGUUCUUGGAAUUAGGCUUACCAAUGAAAUUGAUGAUGCCUUGCCAAAGUUCGUGCCAAGAGUUGACAGCCCAAUCGACUAUUUAUUCGAUGACUUAGAGCAGCAAGAAAUGUCUUUUGUCAGAAGUGAAAUAAAUAUUUCUUUUGACCAGGAAUCUCUACAAGAAGAUUGAUCACAAAUUAACAACGAAUACUGCAAUGUAAAAGAUAAACUUGCAGAAUACGAAGAUCUCAUACAAAGUUAUAGCAAUGAUUUAUUAAAAUUGCAGGAAAAGUAUUUAGAAGCUGUAGAAGAAAGAGAAGAAAUAAAGCUACGAAUCGGUAGCAUCAUAAAUGAAAAUGUUGAGCUUCAUAAUGAAAAUAAUUCGUUAAUGGAAAAAAUAAAGGCUCUUGAGGUAGAAAAUUCAUCUAAAAAAGAAGAAAUUGACGCUUAUAAGUCACAAAACCACUUUUUAAAAUGCACACUGAAAGCAUUGCAAGAAGAAUCAUUAAAAAGUGAUAAACAAAUUGUAAAAUAUCUAAAACAAAUAGAUCAUCUUGAAGAUAUCAAUAAAUCCCUAGCAAAAGAUAACGAAAAACUUCAAGCUGAGCUUGUAAAAAUACACAAAUUUGAUCAGGAAUUUAAAUUGAAAACCACUCCAGCGAAAUUUAUAGUGCCAGAAGCACAAAAAUCAUUUAAAGAAAGGAGCCAGUCUUGUGAGCAUAUUGGAAAUCAAGCAGAAAAGGAGUUUUAUAAGCAUAAUUUGCCAUUAAGAAAAAACACAAUGCAAAAAGAGCAAUCAGGAAGAGAAGAAUUAGGAGAAAACGAUAACUUUAAGGGAAGUAAACAAUUUUUAAUAUAAUAUUUUUUACAUAAAUUAUUUUUACAUAAUUAAUAAUUCUAUAGUGAGAGCUUUAUGUAUUUUAACUAAAUUUUAGACAAUUUGAAUUAUUAAACUUAAAUUUUAUAAAUGGAAUAAAUUAAAACCCUUAAGAGCGAACAAAAAAAUCUUUGCUCGCUCUUAAAGAAAAGUGUGUAGGGAAAAAAUGGCAAUUUUACCUAGAAAUAUAGCAAACAGAAGUCCUGAAUUAGAGGAGGAAGAAGAAAAGAAGCAAGAGCCAAAUGAAUCAACGAAGCCAAAAUUAAAAUGGCAAAAUGAGGAAAAAGAGAAAUUGAGUACUUUUGAAGAGGGAUUUAAUGAAAGUGUAGAAAAAGCGGGAUAUAAUGAGACUGUUAUAAGUAUAGCAGGCAAUCUAGGGUCUGUGAGUGAUGGCUAA